AGAGGGGGAGAGGCCAGUGAGGGUGGGAGGCGAUACCUGGCCAGCCUCCAGUCUCCGAGGGGGAAGGCGAAGGCGUCCCGUCGCUGCCAUUGGCGGGUGCCCGCCUUUCACCUGUGGCGCACCCAGACCGGGUCUGCCCUGCUUUCCCUCGGGCAAAGUCCUCGGGUUUGGCUCCCCAAGACGGUCGCUGCGUUCCCGGAGGGUACGGGGACGCGGUUGCCCGUGCCGCCUCCCGCCCCGGACGGACGCCCGAAGCCCCGUGGGGCCCUUUCCCCUCCGGUCGCGCCCUCCGAGCGGCCACAAUGCCGCUGGGACUGCGGGGCAAGAAGAAAGCCAUGUCCAAGGACCUGUCCAAGCUGAUGGGGGCCGAGCCGGCGGCCCCGAACGCUGCGCAGCCCGCGCCCCUGGAGCGCCAGCCCAAGCCCUCGCUGGUGUUCCAGACGCAGCUGGCCCACGGCAGCGCCACGGGCAGAGUGGAGGGCUUCUCCAACAUCCAAGAGUUGUACGCCAAGAUCGCCCAGGCUUUCGACAUCCCCCCCUCCGAGAUCUUGUACUGUACUUUAAAUACUCCCAAGCUUGACAUGGAAAAACUCUUGGGAUCCCAGCUGGGGCUGGAAGAUUCCAUAUUUGCCCACGUGAAAGGAAUCGAGAAAGAAGUGAAUGUAUGUAAGUCCGAGGAUGCCCUUGGCCUGACGAUCACGGACAAUGGCGUUGGUUACGCAUUUAUAAAGAAAAUUAAAGAGGGCAGUCUAAUGGACUCUGUGAAGACUGUCUGUGUGGGGGAUCACAUCCAAGAGAUCAAUGGGGUAAACAUCAUUGGCUGGAGGCAUUAUGAUGUGGCGAAGAUGCUCAAAGAGCUCAAGAAGGAGCAGUUGUUUUCGCUGAAGUUAAUAGAGCCCAAGAAAGCUUUAGAAAUCCAGCCAAGAGCCAGGGCCGGAAAGACAGCAGCUGGAAACAAGAUCUCUGGCAAGGGAACUUUGCGUCUGAGAUCCAAAGGCCCGGCCACUGUGGAAGAUCUGCCUUCCGAGGCAGAUGAGAAGGCCAUUAAGAAGGUGGAUUGUCUUCUGGAAUCGUACAUGGGAAUCCGAGAUAAUGACCUAGCUACAACAAUAUUUGAAGCUGGAAAAGACAAGUUGAAUCCAGAUGAAUUUGCCGUAGCACUGGAUGAGGCUCUUGGAGACUUUGCAUUUCCAGAUGAAUUUAUCUUUGACGUAUGGGGUGUCGUUGGAGACGCCAAACAAGGGCGAUUACAAUGAGAUUCAAAGCUUUUAUUUGAAAAGUCUAUUUUAGUAGAAGUUUUAAUGAUGAUUUCCCGAAACACCACCACCUACGUGAAAUGAGAUUUCUAACGCUAUUGGUAGCUCUGGGUUGAUUGGGUGUGUAUAUUUGUGACAUUUGUUUCUAAUGAAAAAGUAAAAAAAAAAAUCCUACUGCAUUGGUUUCUGGGUAAUUUUAAAAGGGCUGGUCCAUGUUAUGAAUUUGUACUAAAGAUCACCUGAUAGUUAUUAUCAAUUGAAACAUCAGCCCAGUGUGGUUACAGAUAUCAAUUUGAGGCUCAUUUCCACUCCAUGUCCUUAGGUUCCAUAUUUUCUAUAGUGGACACACAGCUUUUUACUCUUGCUGUAUAAGUCUUUUGCUGCAGAAUUUUGAAAUGUGCAAGGAAAAUUUUGAAAUUUCUUUUUUGCAUGUUACUCACUUCUCUUCCUAUCCUUAGGUAAAUAUUAAUGAGGUUCUGGGAAUAAAAGAGACCCCCAAAAGGCUCCCAGGAGUAAGACACUGAGUUACUGGGGGAGAAGAAGCAGCUCAUUAAUCUCUUUGGGUUUGCAUUGUCCCAUUUCAUUUCUUGCUGCUGCUGCUUUAUGACGGCUCAUGCAUAGUUCAAUCGAAUCUGUUGAUAAUGCAAACAUAGAUUACAUAGGGAUUAGGAAGAGUUUUUUCAUUUGCUUUUUGUUAUUUUUUGAUUAAUAAUAGCUAACACUUCUAUAGUAUUUACUCUAUGCCAGGUGUUUUACAGUUAUUAUCUCAUAUGAUUCUCACAACCACCGUGGGAGCUAGGUGCUAUUAUUUCCUCUAUUUAUUGAAAAAUAAACAUAUUUGAAAUAUUAUUGUUCUAUAAAAAAUGAUCAGCAGGAUGAUUUCAGAGAAGCCUGGAGAGACUUGCAUGAGAUGAUGCUCAGUGAAGUGAAUAAAACCAAGAAGACAUUGUACACAGCAACAAGAAGAUUAUACGAUGAUCGUCUCUGAUGGAUGUGACUCUUUUCAACAAUGAGACUAAUUCCAAUGGUCUUAUGAGAGCUGUCUACACCCAGGACUGUGAGAACUGAGUGUGGACCACAACAUAGUAUUUUCACUUUUAUUGUUGUUUGCUAGCAUCUUGUUUUCUUUCUCUCUCUCUUUUUUUCAUCUGAUAUUUUUUGUGCAGCAUGAUAUUUGUAGAAAUAUGUAUAGAAGAAUGGUACAUGUUUACAUAUAUUGAAUUACUUGCCAUCUAGGGGAUAGGGUGGGGGGAAGAGAGGGAAAAAAUGUGAAACACAAGACUUUACAAGGGUGAAUGUUGAAAAUUAUCUACAUGUAUGUUUUAAAAAUCAAGCACUUUAAUAAAAAAAAUGCAAAAAAGGAAAAGGAAACAGAAGUGAGCAAAGAUAAUGUUUGAGAUUUUAUUUGAACGCAGGUCUUCCUGAGUAGCACUGGGCUUGGAGUCAGGCAGACUCUUCUUUCUGAGUUCAAAUCUAGUCUGAGGCACUUCCUAGCUGUAUUACCCUGGGCAAGUAGCUUAAUCCUCAAUUUCCUGAUCUCUAAAAUGUGCUGGAGGAGAAAAUGGCCAACCACUCUGCUAUCUGCCUAGAAAACCUCAACUGGGUUCACUGAGAGUUGGAUGUUCCUGAAAAACAACUGAACUGAACGUCCUAAUUCCAGACCUGGUGUUCUAUCCACUGGGCUUUCUAGCUGCCUGAUUAGUGUGGGAGAGGGGCUGGAAGAAUUUAUGCCAUAGGCAUUUAAAUAACAUUUCUCCAUCCAUCUCUAAGCUUUUUGAAGCCCUCCAAUUGUGAGUUUAGGCUCUUUGCAAUUUUGACAUUUAUUCAAAACAAAGUUACACCAAAGAUAAUUUUUUUCCUGUUCUUAGAGAUGGAUUGUAAGUUUUCACCUCUUAGGAACUAAGAUGUUGCUUCCAGAUAGAUCUUUUGGAAGAUGAAGAAAUGGUAGAAAAUGGAGACAUUAUCUAAUAUGUUAUUUAGUGACCCAACAGUUCCAAAGCCACAUGCUAUUGAGGAAAUUAGGAAUGAAUAACUGCCCUAUGAAACCUAUUGGACUUUUUACGAAUGGGAGAUAGAAGACAAAUGAAUGGAUUUGGCAGACAUAAUUUAAUAAGUCACAGCAUGAUGUCCACAGACGCUCUCUAAAUUGUAGGGGAAAGAUAUUUUCUUCUUUUACAGUAAUCAGAAAUAACUAUCUGUAAGGAACAAAUCUCAGGAAAUCAGGAGUCACUUCUUUCCCAGGCUGGGUUAUUGCCUAGAUAGAUAGCCCAGUUGUUUUUCUCAGAAAUGUCAACCUUUUACUAGUACCAGCAUGGGCUUAAUCGUUUGAAUCCCACUGAGUUUGAUGGCAUUUGAACCCAAACAGAAGUGGAGGUUCAAGAAUCCCUAGUGUAUAAUCAGAGUAGCUUAGAAAAUGUUGAAUUUCUGGUUGCUGUGGGAAGGAAUUUCACAAGAAUGCAGCUAUCUCAUCUUUCAUUAGUUGAAAGUCUUAGCUCUUUCCUUGAGAGUUUUCAAAAUGCCUAUUGAUAUUAGCCUCAACCCUUCCUCUUCAUGAUGGGAGAAGGAGUAGCUUUUGGAGAUUGUAAAAUAGAGGAUUCUUAAGGAUGAGAUAAUUCAGGAGCACUUAAUGUACACAAGCAAGAAUUGAGAGCAGCUUUCUCACUUUAGCAGUCUCAUCUUUAUCAUUUACUGCCCAUUUACUCAAUGUGACUAGCUUUUUCUUUAAAAAAAUUCUGCAAUUUAAUUUAAUAUCAGAUAUAAAUUUAGAAAUUUACAAGCUACUUUUAAAAUUCACAAAUAUGAGACUUUCCCCUCCCAUUCCAAUUUGGAUGUUUAGGUUUGAAUACUCUUAACACAUACAUCAUUUCCAUUUUCUUUAAGUGGCCAUCCAUGGGGCAUUGGCUCACAGGUCCACAGAACCAAAAGGAUGAAAUGCGCAGUGUUAGUGAAGGAGGCAGACACCUGAAGAGUAUAGCUUUAAAAGAGAUUACAUGCUCUUUGUUGAAUACCAAGUUUAUGAAGAGUAUACACUCAAGAUUUGUUGAAUAGAGUUUGGAUUUUUGAGGCCCUAUGCCUAUGUCAUAACUUACUGGGUCAGACUUGAGCCAGCAAGAAUUUUUUCCCCCAGUGAGAUCCUUUUCACUAUUGCUUGUAAAUAUUAUCUGAGUUUAAUGUCUUAUUGUUCUGAUAAAGUUUAAAAGAAAAAUCCAACCAAUAUUCUCUUGACUUUGUUUUGGUUUUUAAUAAGCAAUUGAAUAAGCAAGUGACUUUUGUCAUUCAAAUUUAGAGCUCAAAGGGAUCUUGGGGAGUAAUCUAAUCUAACACUAAUUCCUUUUGAAAUGUUGUGUAGGUUUCUUAUUUUCUCCCUCAUAGACAUUAAUAUCCCUCCAACCUACACCCUGAAGCAGCCCUCAUAACAAAGAAAAUUAGUCAAACGAGAUUGAUGAGUAAAGUGUUGAGAGCACAGGGCCAUACUCAAUAUUUUGUUGUCAUGUUGAAAUUGGGUUCAAGACUGGUCAUUCAAAUGACCCUGCACUAGCCUGCCUUUCAGGGUUGUUUUCAUUUACAUAAUGUUACUGUGUAUGUUGUUUUUCUGGCUCUGCCUAAUUCUCUUUUUGCUACUUCAUAUGAAUCUUCAUAUGAAAAAGAAGUGUUUCUUUGAAUUCCUUUUAGUCAUCCUUUGUUAUUGCACAAAAAUACUUGAUUCCAGUAAUAAUCCCUCAUUUUUCAACCAUUUUUUUUUUUUUUUAUUGUUGAGUGAGAGAUUCUUCUUCCUCCAUCUGGAUCUUUAGAGAUCAGUUCUCUUAACAUAUGCAUCAUUCUUUUUUUGUUUUCCUUUGGAAUGCAUUGUAUCACAGUUCCACCCCUUCCCACUCCAGUCUACUUGUAUGUUUAAUCAUUCUCUAAUGAACAGACACCCAUCUUGUUUUCAAUUCUCUGCUUUCACAAACAGCACUGCCAGGAAUAUUUUGCUACAUAUGGAUGGGGAUUUUUCUUUUCUGUUUUGCCUUCUCUGAGCAGUGACAUUUCAAAAGGUCUGAGCCAACUUAAUAGCAUUUCUCCGGCAUAAGUCCAAUUUAUUUUUAGAAUGAUUAGACCAGUUUACAGUUCUACCAGUGCUGUAAGAGUGCCUACCUCCUCUGUGGAAUUUCAUGUAGAGAGUGAUGAAAGAUGGACAGAGAUAGAUGAAAAGUUAAAACUUGAUGUUUGACUUGUAUUGAUUAAUAGGCUGCCAGCUAUUUUUCUUCUUCUAAAGGCAUGCAAUCUUGCUGACUCCACUGAACAUUUUUGCAGAUACUUCUGUUUGCUCUCAUCUUGGGAGAUGGUUUUCUAACUAAGGAUAAGGCAUUUUUAUGUGAUUCCCUUUGGGAAGCAUCAGAUGGAAUUCUUGUGACCACCGAAUGCUCAGGCAACAUUUAUUUUCUUAUUGUCGAUUGUUGGCGUGCUUGAAAAUCUCUUUUGCAAAAGAAUUUUGGUUGUUUUGGAUAUGCCACAUACAUUUCUGAUAGUUAUAAAUGGUCAAUCUCUGAGUUAGUGGUUGAUUCUCAGUCCAAAAUUCUAUAGUAAAAACUGCUUCCAAAAUCAGUUACAGAAGCUUUAGCCAAUAUGCAAUGGACUCAAUAAGCCAAACCACACUAGAGAGAUGAGGAGUUCAUUUCUCCCCACUGCUCUAACUUGGAACAUUUUCCUCUUCACUGGAACAAACAAACUUUUGCAGGAUUAGCUAUUUUUUUCUCCCUUUAAUGCCAGAGAGAGGUUUCAUCAAGCCAGGAUAGAGACACCCUGAUCUUUAUUAGUCCCUUAUUCCAACCUCACAAAGAAACUCAAUUAACUUCUUUUGUAUGACAAGUUUUCUAAAGGAUAAUAGAUGGCUCUAUUAAGUUGAUCUCUCCUUUCACCCAAAGAUCUCAAAGUACUUAUAAUUCGGUGUCUCUCUCAGUUAUACCCCACAAUUUGCUCUAAAAGCACAUUGAUGUGAAAAAGCUUCUGUGAUUAGUCUGCUGAAGAUGCUGGAUCAGGAAAGCUAUUAGAAGGUGACAGGGACAGGACAUGGACUUCUAAGCGGCAGUUCCAAAUAAGUACUCCCUUUGGAAAAUGUACCUUCAUUAUCCUCUUGACACAGACUGAAAGAACCAUUGGAGCUGUUGCUCAUCUCAUGCUAAUAGAAUGUUUCUGAAAACCUGGAGAGAACACAAUGUCAGAUCAUUUUUGUCCCAAGAAUCCCAAAGCCGUAUUCUGGGAAAAGACUCUUGGCUCUUUAUGACUCUGAGAAUGAAAAUGUGGGUGGCUUCUGGGCUAUUUCAUGUGAAUAUUUCUUUAUCUGGUUGUCUCACUAUAGAACUACAGCCUCAUAUAAACAGUUUUAGGGAAAUAUUUUAUCUCUCUUAGAGUUUCCUAUAAUAGUUGAUCUUAUGUCCUUCUCAUCCUCGCCUCUCCCACUCUGGUGUUAUCAUCCUCCUUAAACUAGCUUUCCUUAUCUUUUCACUUUAUUUCUAUCUUCUUGACCACAAGGUUGUGAGAGCAGCGAUUAUUUUCUUUUGGUCUAUAUUCCCCGUGCCAAGCACAAUGCCCUGUAUGCUACAGAUAACUUCACAAAUGAUUAUUGAAUUGAAUGAUACUGAUUAAAAUAUCUUUCAUUUUUGUUUUACUGUCAUGUCUGACUCUGGGCUUUUUUUUUGGCAAAGAUAUGGAGUGGUUUGCCAUUUCAUUCUUCAGUAGAUCGAGAAUAUCAGAUCAAAUGACUCGCCCAGGGACACACGGCUAGUAAAUGGCUGAGUCCAGAUUUGAACUCUGGAAGAUGAGUUGUCCUGACUGCCUAACUGCCCCAUAUAUGUUUACUUAAAGAAGACUAAUGCAAUUUCAAAGAAGCUGCAGCUGAGACUGGGUGCAUAUUUUAGUAUUUUUAUAAGAAGAAAAAUCAUUUCCCUCACCAGUCCCCUUUUAUAAACUACACAUAGCUUUUUUUUUUUUUAGAAUAAUUUAGAGUCAUUUAUAUAGGACAAGGACAUUUGAGACAAAGUUAUUUGCUUCAAUGAUUUGUGACUGGUUAGUUUAGAUACUAUUCAGUGUUUACCUCCAGAUGUCUUAAAUGUAGUAUUGUUUGAUUACAAAGCAAAUUAUUUUACAAUAUUGAGUUUAAAAUAUUCCUUGUAUUUAAAACAUGCAAGGAUUUAUGAUUACUUAAAAUAAAAUACAAAUUUUCAUGGGGAAUUCACUUAUUUUAGUUCUUCUUUUCUAGAGCAUGAAUUUUUGAUUUUAAUUUUGUAGAAAAAUAAACCAAGAAGCAUUUAUUGAAGCAUCACAGAUACCAGGCACAGUGACAAAUAUUGAAGAUGUUAAGAAAAACCAAAAAUAGUCCCUGAUCUCAAGGAGCUUACAUUCCAUAUGUAAAUAUAUGUAAAAAUCCAAAUAGGUAAAUAGGUAAAAAUAGAAAAUGCAUAGAGAGUGGAUGGAAGGUAACCAGAGAGGGUUAGGAACUAAUAGCUAGUGGGGAGGCCACUUGAGAACAUGAAUCCUGUGCUUAAUUUGGAAGAAAACUGCAAAUUCUAAAAGUUGGAAUUAGGGAGAGCAUUUCAGGCACCGGUUAUGUGGCCUGAGAGAUGGGGCACAGCCAGCAGCCAGAGCAGUCUUUUUGGAUUAUAGAAUGGGUAAGGAGAGCAAUCCAAAGAAAGACUGGAAAAGGAAUAAGGGAUGAAGCUGGAAAGAGCUUGGAGUACACAAGAGGAGAUUAUGUUUCACUCCAGAGGUAUCUUAUUGAUAAUGAUUGGAGUUACAGUAAUAGAAUGACAUGAUGUAAGUUGGACUUUGGGAAAACCACUUUGUUGGCUGUGGGGAGGGAUGUUUUGGAGAGCCCAGGGGCCAAUUUGUUUUGCUCUCCUAAAAGGGUGAAUUAUUUUCAGAGACUAUUUUUGCUCUCUCUUUUUGAACAUUCAUUUCUUAAAAAUUUUGAGUUCCAAAUUCUUUCCUUCUCUUCAGCCUCUCCCUUAUCUAUCAAGAAAGCAAGAAAUACAAUGCCCAUUUUAUGGGAGGCAUGCAAAAAACAUAUUUCUAAAAUAUCCAUUUGCAAAAGAAAAAAAACAAUCAAGAAAAAUAAAGUGAAAGAAGAGUGUUUUGAUCUUUACUUAGAAUCCACCAAUUGUCUUUCUGGAGAUGAGUAGCAUGUUUCUCAUGGGUCUUUUGAAUUGUCUUGGAUCAUUGACUUGAUCAGAAUGAUGUCUUUCCCAGUUGUUAAUCAUUAUGACAUUACCAUAUAUAGUGUCCUGAUAUUGCUAGUAUUGCUGAUAAUAUUAACUUCACUUCAAACCAGUUCAGACAAAUCUUCCCAGUUUUUUCUAAAACCACUCCCCUCAUUAUUUCUUAAUAAAUAGGACAACAGUAUUCCAUCACAAUCAUAUACUACAAUUUGUUCAGUCAUUCCCUGAUUGAUGAUCAUCCUUUCUAUUCCAGUUCUUUGCCACCACAAAAAGAGCUGCUAUCACUAUUUUUGCACAUUUAGGUUCUUUUCCCUUUUCUCUGAUCUCUUUGGGAUACAGACCCAUCCUAGACACUAGAAACUAGAAACUAGAAAAAGGACAAAUUAAAAAUCUCCAGUUAAAUACUAAAUUGGAAAUCCUAAAAAUUAAAGAUGAGAUCAAUAAAAUUAUGUGUAAAAAUCAAUUGAAUUAAUACAUAAAACCAAGACAAAAUAAGAGUAAUUAUACUUGCAUUAUUUGCACAGUGGUACUGUGAGAACCGUGCUUUGUAAGCCAGAAAACUUCCAUUUAGCUGUGAACCAUAGGAUUCCUGUUGCAGCUGCUACUGCUAUGAUUACUAUUAUACCACCAUCCUUACCACCACAGGAAGUGAAGGAAGGCCUCCAGCAGCGUGGAUUGACCUUUUGUGGCAAACAUGGGCAAGAAUGGCACAGAAUGGAUUGUUGAAGAAAAAUCCACAUUGUGGGGUUCACAGAGCAAUUUGAGUUUCUCAAUUCAGGUGAACUUGUCAAUAUCAGUCUACAUUAGUUAGAAAAUAUGUUUGGGACCAGACUGAGAGUAACACAGAAGCCUCAGAAUUGACUUCAGGAAGCAUUUGCCAAAUGCUGGGGACCAGUGUUUGUCUUUCAUUUUUGAAGAGAGCCGAUGAAAUUGCAGGUGAUGUCUACACUGCAUUGAAGUGAGAGAGUCACUCAAAGUCCCUUUCUCUCUCCAAGUCCAGUGGUAAGAGAAUGACUGGCAAUAGCCUGGGAUGCAGUGGUUGACCUUGACUCCACAGCAUCCCCUUUACCUCCUUCAUGGCUGAACGAGAUAAGGUGAGAUCUUUCAAGACAGUUGUGAAAGUUAGGUUUCAUCUAUUUCAAAGUUUGAGUAGGCCUGAAGGACUUUAAGCAUUAAGUCAAGGGCAUACUUAAAGUGUCGCCUCCCUGCUAUCUUCUUAAGGACAAAAGCCCCUCUUGCUAUCUUCUUAAGGACAAAGGCCCCUUCCUGCUAUCCCCUCCCUGUUAUCCCCCUAAGGGCAUACUUAAACCCCCUUCCUGUUAUCCUCCCUAUUUCAGCCAAAUAUGGGCAACUAUGUACUUGUUGGUCAAGUUCAAUUUCUUGGAUAGUUCCCGGGUUUAGAAUGUAAGAUCCUCAGUCAAUAAGGAUGAGGGUCAGUGGUGGGAGGGGGAAUUUGCGAUAGGGAUAAAAGCACCGACUCUGCCCCCUACGGUGCCUCCUCCCUUCGAUUGUUUGCUCAAUGGGUGAGAUGCCUGUUCUCAGGGAUGUAAAUAAACUUUGCUUUGCUUCUAGAGAUCUA